AAGUCUCUCUACCGGAAGUGCUCCGUGUGAGCUAACAACAGGGCGCAGCUGUUCUGGGCUGAACACCCCUGGCGUUGGAGUGGUAAAAGACAGCUUCCGGCACCCGCUGCCCUGAUAGCUUCAGGUUAUAUUCGGUUGCAGGUGAUUUUUCCCACCCCCAGCUUGUUCGGUUCUUGUUAGCGGCUAGCAGCUGCCCGUGUGCGCCCGGCGUUAGGUGCCCUUGCCUCGGCUGUUUCUCAGCAGCAGGGAUGGUGUUGUCAACAUCCCAACAGGUCGCCCUGGCGUUCACGGCGGUGCUCCUCACGUUUGUCGUCCUGCCGAGGUUGUUCGGGGUUGGCGGGGGGACAGCGGCGAAGGAAACCAAGUUCGACCCUCGCUACAACAGGAAAGGUCCAGGCCCGGGCGCAUCGAGGGGUCAGUCUGUCGGUGUAAACUCCCCCGGCUCGCAUCAGAGCGCUGACAGCAUCCAGCAGAUGAAGAAACGCAUGGAGCAGGAGAUGAAGAGCGACAAGUACAAGUCCAACAACAGCAAAGGCUACGUGUUCACGCUAAUGCCCCUCUAUGCCAUCGGAGUGGGAGUGUUUGCAGCUUACAAGUUUCUGAAGAUCAAGUCUUCAGAUGACAAGGCACAAAAGGACAAAUUUGCUAAAGGAGCCAAAAAGUCAGCAGAGGCAGAGAACCAGUUAAAUGAGUUGGAGCAAAGGCUGGCCCAGACAGAAAGGAUGCUCAACUCUAUCCUCACCCAGCUGGACCCACUCACAAACUGUGUCAAAUCAGUGGCCCAGGAGCAGAAGAAUGAGAUCAUGUCUCAGCUUCAGACCAUCCGCUACCUGAUGAAGAAGAGGGGCAUGGACUGUCCGCCGCUGAAUGGCAAUGACGUUUCACGCGGGCAAAAUCUGGACGAGCUGAUUGAGUCCAUCGGAGCCAGCCAGACCUCCACAGCAGCGAACACGCAGCCCUCCCCUGAGACCUCAGAAGCUCCUCAGAAGGUUUCCAAGCAGCCUUCUGAUGGCGGAGAUGAGGCUGCAGCACAGGGCGAAGAGAUGAUGGAGCUCCGACCAGAUGAAUGUAUUGGUGAAGAAGAGGAUCUAGAAGCAGAGGAGACGGAUGAUCAAGGAGAAGACGAGGUGGAAGGCUUGGAGCCUACAGAGCACGAGCCUCCUUCAACAUGCGAGACAAACAUUGAAGAGGUCUGUGCCGAGCAGCCUGUAACCGGUCUCAGACGGCGCAACAGGCCUGAAUGAACCCUCUGCUAGGAGAUAGAAAUGUGACAGUUUACUAGGAAUAUUUAUUAUCUGAAAGGCUUCCACAGCUCAUGCGGUCAUGACAUGAAACAUAAGAAACUUGAACGAUUCUGUCUGCUGGUUCCAGUCUCAACGACCAGCAGGAGCUGCUGCUGAGGGCACCAAGCAACAAUAGCUGCAGAUGGGGUGUUAGCGCUUAGUCUUCAGCUUACAGACCUAUGUCAAUAAAUUAGGGUAUUGUCAA